AUGGAGCUUAAUGUUCAUUGCAAUCCCUGCACAACCGUCUCCCAGCCCCGCGACCCCACCCGCCCUGCCCGACCCAAGCACCCCCCCACCCCCGACGGUCCCGACCCCCGGCCGGCCCGCAGCCCUACCCUCCCCCGCCCCAGCACCCCCUGCACCCCCUGCACCCCGGGGCGUCGUCUCGGCCCGCGUGUUCCCGGCGGCAAGCCGUGGGAGGCCACCUCCUCCGCCCUGGAGCAGCAGCAGCAGCAGGAGCAGCCCUCCCCCCGGGGGUCCCCUCUCCACCUUAACGGACCGAUACCGGGCGGCCCGCGCGACCCCCCCCGCCUGUCGGAUCGAACCCGGCUGGCUCUGCGCAUGUUGCCGUCCGAGCUGGGCCUGCCGUUGCCGUGGCGACGACGAGGCCGGGGCGGCAGAGUGCAUUGUUCGGCGCGGCGUCUCGGCCUCAUUAUACCGCUGCUGGCUUUGAUGUGGUUCGCGAGGCUCUACCUGCAUUACUGCAGCCAGUGGCUCUUCCUCCAGGCAAUGGCAGUUCCUGUCAACAAGUUCGAGUUCCACGCACACACGGUGGACCUGGUGUACCAGAACUCCCUGCUGCACACCCGCGAGGAGCUGGCCCUGGUGGUGGCGGGGCCCCUGACCUUGAACGCCGUCACGUUCCUGCUGGUUCUGAUCAGACGGGGCUGUCAACAGAUAUUUGGCUCACUCCCUUCCUUCACGUCAGACUUUAUCAUGGCUCAGGGAGUGUGGACAGUCCUGGACCCCGGGGCUGUGUUGGCGGUGGACGCCGUCCUGGGGCGUCUCGCCUACAGCCCUGACAGGCCCGUGGGGGACGCGGCAAAGCUCUACUGGCACUUCCUGCGAAAUAGCCAAUCAGGCGCCGCCGGCGUGGUCAUCACCCUGUUCCUCUACGCUGUCCUUCUGCUGCUCUCGGUCACCAUCCUGUUCAUUUACCUGCUCAGGUUCCACAACGACGGCCGUAUGCUGGACACCUUUCAGCGCCUCAGUGCCAGGGAGGGAGACUACUUCCUGCCUCGGGACCUGGAGCUGUCCAAUCAGGAGCUGAGCCACAUUGUCAAGAAAGCGGAGCAGUGGCGAGGAUUCAACGGCGAGAGGCGUAAAGUAGCGGUCAGCGACUACAUCUGGGCAGGAAAGGAAGAGGAAGAGAGCCCCACGUCCGUGCCUGUCUCCGGCGACACCGCCUCAGCCUGGAUUGGUGGUGGUGGUGGUGUUGGCGGUCACGGUGGUGGUCGUGUCCCAUACGCAGCAGGUGGCGAGCUCAGCACCCACGUGUCCAUCUACACCCUGUACCGGAGCGGCCUCCGUCAGCGGUACCGCCACUUCCUGCGGCAGGCGGACGGCAGCAUCGUAGAGGUGAUUGGUGAUAUAGAGGGCGCUGAUACCAGAUGCAACAUGGGGCCACAACUCACUAACCUGGGCUUCCAUUGUCAAAAGGACGAAGAAGAAGGCUCAAGCAUCCACCAACACGUUCAGAAGAGGAGGAAGCCAUUUUGGAGAUCCCACCGUGUUGAGCCAAUAGGAGAGAGUGGGUGUGGCUUUAAUUUGGAACUACAAGAGCUGAGCCGAUGAUGUUAAUACAUUGUUAGCAGGAGCAGGUGUUGUCUAUAUCUAUAUAUUUAUUUAUUUAUUUAGUCAUAUUUAUAUGGCAUCCUCAAUCUCUAUGUACAAACAUAUGGCAUAGUAAACCACUUGACAUUUAUUUUCCUUAGGAGGGUUGUUGAUAACAAUACAAUACCCAGUGCAAAUU